AUGGACGAGAUCAAUCGCCUGAUCACGAACCCUCGGUAUCAAGAAAUAUUAGCAAUUGUCAAAGGUGCUCGCAAUGCUCUCGUCUAUGGUGCCAAAAUCCGCUUUCCUCAUGCAUUGGUGAUGAGUUUGAUAUUCCAUGGAGGCAGGCCUUUGAAAGAUCGUGCUCGAUUUGUUUAUAAUGCUACCAAACAACAUGCUCUUAACUUGUGUCGCUUUAACGCAAUCUAUAAGACUUCACUCCUUUUUCUACGACAGAUUGGUGGAAAGGAACAUAAGAUUGAUACUUUUCUGGCCGGAUUACUGGGUGGUUACUUUGUUUUUGGAGAACAGAAUUCGGUAAACGAGCAGAUUGUCUUGUACUGUGUCUCUCGUGUAAUAUCUUCUUUUCUUCCUCGAGCUCAACCUGCCAAACUUCCAACUGCAUCAAAGCCAGAUAUAAUCGUGACACAAACUACACAACCCAAAAUCUUUUCCAUAUAUGCUGCUAUCACUUGGGGAGCAGUCAUGUGGCUGUUUCGCUGGCGUAGGCAUACUUUGCAAGGUGGUCUAGUCAAUAGCAUGCAAUAUCUCUACUUAGACUCGGAAGUUUGGUCUAAUCUUAAGAAUUUACUUUGGCGUAGGUUCAAUUUUACCUUUCAAUUCUUUCUCGCACUCUUUUCCACGAAGCUUAUCCAAGCUAAUGUGUCUUCAUCGCAUAGAUAA